CCCCGACAUGGCCUACCUGGUAUCAUGCUUUCUCCUCCUCUUCCUAACAAUGCCGCUGGCUUUGGAUGCCUACCCGAGGAAUGUCCCCGAUGAAGAUAGAGAAAAUGACAAACAGAUGAUAGAGUUGAUCAGAACUCUUAUGAAACUUAAAGCCACUGACCUUGACCUGAGAUCAGAUUUAAAUGAAAACGAAAAGGGUGACGAAAGAGAACAAGCAAGCGAGACAGAAGAAACUAAGAAAAAGGAUAUGUUUGAUGAAACGAAGAAAAAACCCAAUGAGGAUAAUCUGUCAACAGAAAGCGACGAAGAACUUCUGAGAGAAGAAAGUGAGCGGAGUAAAGUCGGAAUGAAGGAGGAUAAUGAUAAUGAUAAAAAAACGACAUCAAACGUCGGCAAAGACGGGAACAACGAGUCUGUUCAAAGGAACGACGACAAAGCUUCUCGAAGGGUAGACGGAGAUCGGACCGAUAACAAUCGGGUACAUGGGCAUGGUCACGACAUGGAUCGCAGUGUAAGUGUAAUGCAGAACCAAUGCCAGUUUCUAUAUCUAGCAAGAGAAUCAAUGUAUCAAGAAACGGAGAAAAGAGUGUUAUUCAGAAACCAAUACGAUGAGAACUAG